AUGAGCUCCCAAACCUGCACCUCCGUCACCCCCUCCUGCCCCGUCACCGCAACAACAUACGGCUACUACCCCAACCUCGGCGGCAAUAUCUUCUUCACCAUAAUCUUCGCCCUCUGCGGCCUCACCCAAAUCUACUUCAGCCUGCGCUUCAAAUCCUGGACAUUCGCCAUCGCCUUACUAAUCGGCACAUUCCUUGAAAUGGCCGGCUACAUCGGCCGAAUCCUAAUGCACAGCAACCCAUGGGACGCGGGGGCCUUUAAACUCCAAAUCGUGGCACUAGUGCUGGCGCCCAGUUUCAUCGCCGCAGGGAUCUAUCUCACCCUAAAGCACAUCAUCCUGAACCUGGGGAGCUCGCACUCAAAACUAAAGCCGCGGCUGUUCACGUGGAUAUUUAUUGGAUGUGAUGUUGGUUCUCUAUUCCUGCAGGCAGCGGGUGGUGGCGUGGCUGCGUCUGCGGAAGAUGAUCUCGAUAUGACGAGUACGGGGAAUAAUAUCAUCAUAGCGGGGAUCGUGUUUCAGGUCGUGACGAUGGCGGUGUGUGGGGUGCUCGCGGUGGACUUUUUCGCGAGGGUGUUUAGACGCGGAGGAGGGUUUUCUGCAGCUGCGGCGGCGUCGGGGGGUGAGAAGAUGGUGAGAUUGGAUGAGAUGCGUGGCGGGGAGACUGGGGUUGAAGGCACGGAUGGGAAUGGGGUUCCCGUGCAAGAGGAUGUAGCUGCUGGGGCUGGCGAGGGCGUCACGGCGAAACAGUUGAAGAUUGUCGUGGUGGUGGAGAUAGUGGCAAUCCCCGAAAUGGCCGGCGGAUGGGGCAACCCGCUGAUGCAGCGCGAGGACGAAUUCCUAGUCCUCGAUGGGAUGAUGAUUGCUAUCGCCUGCAUCACACUCACAGCCUUCCACCCGGGUCUAUACCUUCCUUCGUUGCGAAAGGGUGCUUCGAAAAAGGCAUGA